AUGGUGCCUGAGCGUGGCUGGUUCGUCCCCGGCAGCUACAAGCCGUUCACCACACCCCAUGAUGUCCGAUUCGGCGACAGCUCGAAGGUCCAUGCCAUUGGCAAAGGGUCCGUCACACUUCUCAGCGAGGUGAACGGAAAAGAGUAUGAGACAGUUCUCUCGAACGUCCUGCUCGUCCCUUCCUUCACCAUCGCCCUCAUCUCUGUGCGGCACUUGUGUGAGCGCGGCCUGAACGUACUCUUC